AUGCAAAUUCUUGGAACGAGUCAGCUGCAGCUGGACAAUCAUCGAGCAGUUCUUAAGGCCUUUGGUGGAAGCUCAUUGAACUCGCUGGGUCGAACAGUAAUCGCCUGCACUUACGGUGGCGGGCAAUACAAGUUAGUGUUCCACGUCGUCGAUUUUGAACAACCUCCACUGCUAUCCAAGAACACGUGUAUGCAGCUUAAGUUGAUUCAAGUUUGCUAUACCGUCUGCAAGCAACAAGCAUCGAAUGCAGCUAGGCAGAUUUUGAAUGAGCACCCGGAAGUAUUCGAAGGCCUCGGAAGAUUGGAAGGAGAUGUGCACUUGGAGAUUGAUAGCAGCAUCAAGCCAGUGAUUCAACAGCCGAGGAGAAUUGCGGUAACUCUACGGGAGGAGCUUCGGCAAGCAUUAUCGCAAAUGGAACAGCAAGGUAUCAUCGCAGAGCAGAAAGAACAUACAGACUGGGUCAGCAACCUGGUCCUAGUAAAGCGGAAUAACAAACUCCGGGUAUGUAUCGAUCCAAUCAUCCUCAAUAAAGCUUUGAAGCGUCCCCAUUAUCAAAUGCCUACAAUGGACGAGUUGUUGCCAGAGUUGGCAAAGGCAAAGGUGUUCACAACCGUGGACGCAAAGAGUGGUUUCUUGCAAAUUUGCUUGGACGAGGAGAGCUCCAGAUUAACCACUUUUUGGACGCCUUUUGGACGGUACAGAUGGUUGCGUAUGCCUUUCGGGAUAUCGCCUGCACCCGAAAUAUUCCAGAAAAAACUUCACGAAACGAUUCACGGUCUUCGCAACGUUCGAGCUCUCGCAGAUGAUGUACUAAUCUACGGCUGUGGCGAAACUGAACAGGAAGCAAUGCGUGACCACAAUGCAAAUUUGAAAGCGUUUCUUCAGCGAAUGCACGAGCGGGGAGUGAAGUUGAAUAGCGAAAAGGUCAAGCUGUGUCAAGAAAACGUAAAAUUUUUCGGACACAUUCUCACUUCAGAGGGAGUGAAAGCAGAUCCAGAUAAAAUUAACAGUAUUUUGAAGAUGGAUCCGCCGAAAGACGUUCCAUCCCUACUUCGUUUCCUUGGGAUGAUAACAUAUUUGACCAACUAUUUACCCAGUUUGGCUUCCGUAGCAGAACCUCUACGUCGUCUAACCAACAAGGAUGAACCAUGGGCUUGGAAUCAGGAACAAGAGGAAUCCCAUCAGCAGCUGAAGCGCAUGGUUACGUCAGCGCCUGUUCUACGGUACUUCGAUAUUCAGAAAGACGUUGUUAUCCAGUGUGACAGCAGUAGCGUUGGACUCGGCGCUGUACUGCUGCAAGAAGGGCAUCCCGUGGUGUAUGCUUCGAAGACUCUGAGUUCAACAGAGCGAAAGUAUGCACAAAUAGAGAAGGAGACGCUUGCAAUCCUCUUUGCUUGUCGAAAAUUUGAAAUGUAUAUUAUCGGGAAGCCAGUGACAGUUCAAACCGAUCAUCAGCCACUGAUCAGGAUUUUUCAGAAACCUUUGGUUGAAGCUCCCCUGAGAAUCCAACGGAUGCUUCUAGCACUUCAGCGGUACAACACUACUCUCCGGUUUACGCCUGGCAAGGAGGUCAUCAUAGCCGAUAUGCUUUCUCGAGCAGCAAUCGCCGACGGCGAUGAUACAAGCAAGGAAAUCUACGACGUUUACGCUUUGGAGUAUAUACCGAUCUCCGACGAUAGAAUUCAGCAGAUCAAAGUGGAAUCGAAGCAGGAUCCAGAGAUACAAACUAUCAUCCAGUUUGUGAUCGACGGUUGGCCGAGCAGGUCAGAGGUACCGGAAUCACUCCAGGUGUAUUGGCCGUUCCGAGAAGAAUUCAGCACACAUAACGGAUUAGUGUUCCGAAACGAUCGAAUCCUAGUUCCGAGAAGCCUCCAGAAAGAAAUUCUGGAACGCUUGCAUCAGUCACACUCUGGAAUAGAGGCUACUACCAAGCUAGCUCGGGACACCGUGUUCUGGCCUGGUAUCAACGACCAAAUUCGUCAAAAGGUACAACAGUGUGACAUUUGUACCAAGUUCUCGCCCAACCAACAGCCACAACCAAUGCAAAGCCACCAGAUACCAAGUUAUCCAUUCCAGAAGUUGAGUAUGGACAUAUGUGAAAUUGAACUAGGAGGAAGGAAAACCGUAUAUCUCAUCACAGUUGACGAUUUCUCCGACUAUUUCGACAUCGAUGAGCUAACGUCGUUGAGCUCUGCAAUGAUCAUCAAGGCAUGCAAGAAGAACUUCGCUAGAUUUGGAAGACCACAGAUUGUUUCAACGGAUAAUGGGGUGCAGUUUGUCAGCGAGGAGUUUCAGCGGUUUGCAUUGGAUUGGGGAUUUAAGCACACUGUGUCUGCACCGUAUCACCAGCAAGCUAACGGCAAAGCUGAGUCCGCCGUGAAAAUAGCAAAGCUGUUACUCAAAAAAGCGUACGAGUCAAAGAAGGAUUUUUGGGACCUGCUGUUACAAUGGCGAAACACUCCUAACAAGUGUGACAGCUCUCCUGUCCAACGUUUGCUGAACAGAAGAACGCGAUUUGGUGUACCCAUGUCAGAGAAGAAGUAUCUACCCAAAAUCGAAGAAGGUGUAGAGGAGAAGAUAAAGAGAAACCGGCAGGAAGCGAAGCUGUAUUAUGACCGCAAAGCAAGCAGACUUCCACCGCUGGAAAUUGGACAGCCAGUAUUUGUGAAGCUGAGACCAGAUGACAAGGAGUGGAAGAACGCAACAGUGAUUGAACCUGUAACCGACCGCUCAUCGAUAGUUGCUGUUGGUGACAGGGAAUAUCGUCGUGACAACACGUUGAUUAAACCAGCGCAACCAAACGCGAUGGUUGAAAGAUCACCGCAUCGUAUCAAAGAAGAAUCAACUCGGAAUCGGUACCUAUAA